CCCGACAUGGGCAUCACCGAUUCGAUUGGAACAACAUUGUCCUUUAUCAGCUUACUAUGGAUACCAGCCACGUUGCUUUGCUGCUUGCCAUGGGUGCAGAAACAAAUGCUGUACCUUCACAACAUCACUUUCUUUCCUGGAAAAUGGCUGACUGAACCGGAAAGAGCCGGAUUCCUCAAAAACCAGGUUGUACCCUUUCGCAUUGCAACCAAAGGCAAACAUGAACUGUUUGCAUGGCUUAUUGCACCACUCGGUGUUUAUGCGAAGAACGAAAUUGCUUUCACUGAAGAAAAGACCGGCAGCAAAGUAGAGGAUACAGUAGCUUGGAAAUCACUAUGCAAAGACCCAGAAGCAAGGCUACUCAUCUACUUUCACGGCAACUCUGCAACCUUGGCGCAGGAGCGUCGAACAAUCGAGUAUCGAUCCUUCUCUGCCGGUGCAUCAGACAAAAUAUUUGUGCUGGCAUUUGACUACCGCGGCUUCGGCCUCUCCAAGGGAGAGCCGUCGGAAUCCGGGUUACUGGACGAUGCAGAAGCAGUUAUAGACUGGGCGUUAAACAAAUGCCACGUACCCCCAGAGCGAAUCGUGCUUCUUGGUCAUUCAUUAGGAACAGCAGUGGUGUCUGGUAUCGCACACCGCUACGCGGCUAACUCGGGCAUUGAAUUUGCAUGUCUCAUUUUGUGUGCAGCAUUUACCAAUGCUGGCAAUGCAUUUUCAUCGUACUCUAUUGGCGGAGUAGUUCCAGUGCUGGCGCCAAUCAGGGUUUUCCCUGCGUUUCAGAAAUGGUUCGCGCAGAGAAUGGUCUGUACAUGGCGUACCGACGAUCGACUUGCGGCCAUGGCGCGAACUUGUUCAAGGUUCAAUCUGGUCUUGGUGCAUGCCGAAAGUGACUCGACCAUGCCAUGGCACGAAACAGAAGCCCUUUUCCAUUCAACUCUGCGGGCUGCCAAGGACGCGAGCCCAGAUGACGAGAGCUUCAAAGAGGUCGAAGUUGUUGACUUGGGUAAAGCGGGCAGGCGCGAAAUAUGGCGCAGCGACUCACGCAGUAUAUCCAAGACGAUUGCAAAGCAUGGAGGCCACAAUACGUCAAUGACCUGGUCACCUGUGGCGCUCACCAUCCUUCAGGUUUUUGGCCUCACGGCUGGUACGGCACGCGGGUAGCGGCAUGCCUGACAACGGGAAAUCCCCUAUAUCCUCGCUAUUUCUGUAACAACAACAACUCCGUGCGCGCAGGUAAAUGCUGCGUCGCUCAUUUGAAGGGAAUGCACGGUGUCGAGAUAGAGUACUGCUGCGGCUUCAGUGAAUGACGAGUUGGGCUCGGCGACAGCUGGACUACUACUUGGAAGACUUGGAUCUACACCACGCGCGUAGUAGCGUAUAGUUAGUACGUAAACGCCACAGUGUCAAAAGGCUCGGCAUAAUGGCUAUAUGCGUCAUGUUCACCCU